AUGAACAUCACACCAGAAAUCGAGGCUCAACUAGGAGAGGAUGCAUAUUCGUCCCUUGUGUCUCAGUAUAAGGACGACAUUCUUCCAGAUGACCACCCCCUAACUCUACAUGUCUGCCGAAUAGUCAACACGAUCCUCGAAGCCAACGACCUCGGAACAGUUAUGUCCGCUAAUGGCAAUUCCACACAUCCCAGUAGCAGCCAAUCAAUAAAUGGAAGGGGAAGCUAUAAGGAUCGACAAUGGCGGCUGGCAGUAAUAUCAAACAAUCAUAUCGCUAACUCAACUGCUAGCACUGGUGGGAUUAUCGUAUUUACGGGUCUGCUUUCCUUAUGUAAAGAUGAACAUGAACUUGCUUCCAUUCUUGGACACGAGAUCGCUCACGCUGUCGCUAGACAUCUCGCGGAACGUUACAGCAAGGCAAAGGACUGGUCUCUUAAGAGAUUAGUCUUCUCCCCUUCGUAUGCAUUGCAGGAUCAACGGCAAGCGCAAGCGAUUUAUGAAGAGAUGAUGGCAACGAAUAUGCAAUUUCAGGAAUUAGAAGCUGACUCAAUCGGUCUCGAACUUACCUCGCGUGCUUGUUUCGACCCACGCGCAGCUAUCGCUGUUAAUCAGCACUUGGCUGCGUUGGAAGAUAAACUCCGCCGCUUGCAUCCUGAGCUCAAACCAACCCAUCCAUGUAGUGAAGAACGCAUCAAGAACCUCGAACAGUUGCUACCAAGGGCUUACGACAUCGUGUCAAGCAGUCCAAGAUGUGCUCAGAUGCGGAAUGCCUAUGCUGCCUUCCAGCAAAGUUCAAUGACCGGCCCACGUUAGCAACCGC